UAGCACCGCUCUUCUCCUCCUCGGGGUCGUGCCCGGUAACGCACGCACGCAACCUCACGCCUGAUUCGGGAUGAUGGUGAUUCUCUCAGGUGGCCGAUGGAUGACAGGGUGUGACCCACUUCGCUGGCGCAGCGCACUGCACACCGACCGGCUGCUGCAAGAGAACCGCAAGAUCCCACGUUUUCCUACGCUAACGUGCUGCUCGACCCACACGCGGCGGACAUUUUACCAUAGCGGCUGAUUGCGGCGACGCACGACGUGAACAUUCGACGCGACUUGAGUGACUGUGCCGAGCUGAGGCGCAGCGAUGAGGAAGCACACAGCAAACAAGUGCUGCACGAUGACGUCAUUCCAGUCCAUACUGGUGGAAAUGCUUGUAGUGGUGUUGGUGUUGUCCGGAGUUCAAUGUAUGCGCAUGCGUAGAAUAGUUCUUCUAGAAAUUGACAGCUAAAUCGUAAAAUUGAAUUUAAAUUUACAGAAUAAACGUGCAGAAUGGAAUCUGCAUGUGAAAAUGAACUUCAAUGGCAUUCGCUUGAAAAAUUUUACAAGACUUUGGAAUUGUUAAACGAAUCACUGGAAAACCAUACAAUAGAACGUGCAGAUGUAUCAAAUCAACUAAUGGAAGCAAUCGAUAUAAAACAAUCAUUGAGCCUGAUGAAUAUAUCCAUGACUCUCCACCAAAAAACGCAACUCGAUGCAAUCGCAAACACAUUAAUUACGUUGAUGAAAGAAACUUUAAAAAGAAAUCUUUGUAUUACAAAUGUCACUGAGUCACCAAUCGUACCACAAGAGCCAUUAAAAGAUGCUUUGGAAGAUUUUUUAUGUACACCACGCGCGCAGGGGUUUCAAAGCGUGUGUGGCAUGCAGGAAGAUCUGGAACUCUUCAGCGCCAUGUUUAUUCUGCCAAUAUACCAACCGCAACUCUUCCAACACGAAUCCACACAUCGCAGCCUUCUUCUUCACGGUCCACCUGGAUGUGGUAAAACACAACUUGUGCAUGCGCUUGCUACAGAACUGAAUGCAAAGUUAUAUUGCCUUACACCAGCAAAUGUUAUGUCUCAGUUUGUUGGUGCUACUGAAAAAGUUGUCCGAAAAGUAUUUGAGCACCUGCGGAGUAGAACUGAUCCUGUGGUGCUUUUCAUUGAUGAAGUAGAUGCGUUUUGUCGCACGCGAAACGACAACGAAAUGGAUCACUGCCGCCGGUUGAAAAUUGAAUUCAUGGAGCAGUUGGAUCUCUGCACUACAACCAACUCAAAACUGAUUGUGGUAGCUGCUACAAAUGUACCCUGGGAUAUCGAUAGUGCAAUCGUACGACGUUUUGAGAAACAAUUGCAUCUUGGCCUACCACAAAAAGAACAACGCAACGCAUUAUUACAAUUUUAUCUAACUGAAUCGUACGGACAAUCGUUUCCACCUACAAUUAUUCCUUCUUUUGUUAAUUCAGAACAGUGGCCACUAUUGCUUGAUCUCACCGAAGGAUAUUCCAAUUCAGAUUUAAAGCAAAUCGUGCGUUGCGCUAAACAGAAACCAAUUCUGGAGCUUGUUAGAGUAACAACUUGGAAUUUAGAAAAUAAUAUGUACAUUCCUUGUUAUUUGGAUGCGAAACCUGGAAAUAUUUCAUGUUCGGUGUAUGAUUUACCUCCAUCGUCGGUAAUAUCUCGUCCUGUGAACAUUCAAGAUUUACUAAUCGCAGCACAAAGCAUUCCACGCACUGUAAGCGAUCAUGAAAUCUCAAAAUUUCAGGCGUUUGCGUUAAACGCGCGUUAACUUUAGAAUAAUUUAUUUUUUUGUCUUUUAGCGUCUCGUACACGCGUUUUUGUAUGAAAAAAUGUAGCUUAGUCUGCUUUACGUUUAGUGUACGCUCUAAUAAUGUUAUUGUUACAACAACUUCGUAUAUGCAAUUAUUGUAUAAUCAAAAAAUGUAAGUUUAAGUUAUUAAUUGAGAAUUUGUAUAAUUUUAUCAUUGUAUCAGCUGUUAGGGCUCUAUCUAUUUGUGUAAAAUGUUAAAUUGGUGGGCAUUUUUGUUUCGUUUUUCAAUAUUGAGCCGGAAUUAUCAAAAAUCUACUACGAUACGCCAGUCUCCUCGAAUGUGUAAAAUCACAUUGAUUGGAAGAAUUCCUUCCAACACUUGCAAUUUAGUUUUGUAAAACAAUAGAAAACCGAUUACAAGGCAUUUUGUUCAUUGAAUAUUCGAAACCAAAAUCCACUUAUUGACAAUAGAGUUCUCAAGACGGAAUUACCAGUCCCCACUCAUCUGAGAUCAAGUCCGAUUGGUUUCAACUGAUUAGAGCCCCACGAUCAACUUAACUUACAUUACGCAAACAUUUACAAGUAUUAACCCUUAUCGCAUAAGUGUUUUCACUAAGAUUAUUUGUGUUUGUUGUGUACUUUCAGUCAAAAAC